UGAACCAUUCGGGCCUGGGCGGAGCGGACGUCGUCAAAACUUGCUUAUCGAUAAGGAUUUGCUACGAUUCCUUCAUAAGCCGGUCGCCCCGCUUCCCCAGGCAUCCAGCCAUGAUUGGCUCACACGAUGUCUUCCGCCCCUCUGAUCCCCCACGAACCGGUCCACCCGGAAACCCGUUCCUGAGCCUUCCAAGUCCUACAAAGUAGAGUCUAGGCCGGGCGAUUUGUCCUACACUACCCUAGAGAAAAGGUCUUAAUAAAUGCGAUUCUCUAUUUCCCACCUGAAUUGACGAGGAAAAGGUAUCCUUACUCUUGAACUUCGAUUCCUCGUGUUACCACUUCGUGACAUCAUCGCCCAACCAUCAUGGCGGGUCUUUCUAACCUCCCGUUAGAGAUCUUGCUCCACAUCUUCUCAUUCCUGGACGCCCAGGAGAUAACCACCCUCCAGCGGGUCUCUCGGCGAUUCCACAGCGUCACCCGGGAUAAUGGCUUGUGGCGCGUCCGCUGCUUCGAGGAAUCACCAUUCCUCGAAGCACUGAACAAUCGCCGGCUCAUACUUGGGCCGUAUCACCAGCUCUCCCAACAAAGCUUCGAGACCUCUAGUGGUGUUAGCGAUACCAGCGAGGACAAUCAGGGGGAAGGAGGCACCCCGUCAACCCGCGGCCCACGGAGGCGACAUGUGACGGCCCUUGCGACGUCUCCUUUCAGCAAUAAAGAGUCAAAAGAGCCUGAGCGCGUGCGGAUCAUGGCCAACUGGGACCCCAGCUUUCCCUCUGAGCGGGUGUCGUGGUACGAUGAGUACAUACAGCGACACGGGCCUAUCGCGGUGAAUUGGAUGCAGAAUGCCUACAACGGACAGCGAGCGUCGCCCGAGAACAUUGUGGAGGCCCGUGGGGUAGCACUAUAUUACCCUGACGGGGUAUUAGGACAAACGAUCCUCGCUGUGUCGCCGCUUGAUGAUGGGAGUGUGUGUCUGUGGGAUGUUGGGGGCACGAAAGGGAAGAGGGGCGCCAUCAUUGCAAGGAGCAGGCCAGGAAUAUUGUUGGUUGACGGUCCGGGGGCGGAUAAUAAGAGACGAUCUAAGAGGGUUGACUCGGGCGUGACGGAGUGUGUGAGUGUGGAUAGUCGGCAGCACAAGGCGUUCUUCGCUGUGCAGCAUCACCUCAUCGAGGUCGACCUACGGCGACUGUCCGUUGUCGACUGCGAAUCGUUCCCCUGGUCCAUCACAGCCUUAUCCGCUGCGAGCCCGACUGUGCCACUCACGGUCGGGACCAACCCCGGGAUAUUUCUCCAUGACUACAGAACCCGCAAGCCACCAUGCAACGACCAAGGCGAGGUGCUGGACGGCUUCGAGCUGAUGAGUACUAAGCGGCUCUAUGAGCGCAGCCUGCGGCUCAUUUUCGACCCCGCACCGCCACCGGACUACGCGGCGCUGUCCCAGCCAGCGCCGUUGAGCAUACUCCAUCUCGAACGGCCUGGCCAAGAAGCAGACCUAUCAGACGACAUCUACGUGGCAGGCCGUUUCUCCAAUAUCUUGCAUUAUGACCGGCGCAAGUUCCCCCGCAUCCAAGAUUCUAUCCAUUCAGGUGCAAGUCUGUGCGGCAUGACCUCACUUCCAUACCCGUUUUCUAAGGAGGCCUCGGAUCUGCGACGCUACGGCGGGCUAUUAUCGGAGGAGGUAGAAGCCUCCAAAAGCGUUGCUAGCGGGAGGACCCUGAUUGCCUGUGGAGAGUACAACACCAAGGGAUCUCUGGAGCUGUACGGCUUGACGUCCGAUACAUCGACAAGUACAAGCACGACGGGCAGCCUACGAACUUCUAACUUAAAGAAUCGCCAGACUUGCGCGUCGUCCAAGCUGCUCUCCGUGGUGAACCAUGGGACACGUAUCGCUUUCUCGGACGCAUCAGGCUACAUCAAAUGGGUUGAACGCGACGGGGUUACUGAGGUGCGCCGUUGUAAAAUUGGACAGAGCGAGAAGAGCGAAAGUUAUUCCAUCUUCGCUUCAAUGCCCGGGUCUGACGAGAUCGCGCGGAAGUUGUUGCCGACACAACCAGCAGCUGAGGCUGGCAGCGAUGAUGGCAACGGCACGCGCAAUGACAACAACUUGCUCUUUUGGACAGGCGACAAGCUGGGGCUGGUCACUUUCUCCUCACGGCCGGGAUUCACGGCUGAGGACUUUGAAGAGGAGACCGAGACGCCUGAUGCUCAGUUGUUUCUCGCUCAGAGCGAGUACAGUAAGAGAAUGCGGCGGGCGCUUGAGCUCCAGGCGGACGAUGUUCGGUUUGUGAGGAACCUCGGUCUCGGCAGCGGACUCCAACCAGCAUCUGUUUGAUCGCUCGGCUUCUGUGGUAGGUGAUCGGCGGGAUGUGAAGGCAGCGAUGGCAGGUUCGUCAGCCAAGCGAAGCACGUGUUCAACGCACAAUGCUCCAAAUCUUUUUGUUUUGCAUCAUUACCAACAGCUGUCUCUGGAUCAUUGGUAGAGCGAAUGAAAUUUAUAUGCCCUCUUGUUAUUGU